CCGUGGGAGACCAGAUAUAGUGAAUGCUGGGUCCGGGAGAGCAGAUAUAGUGAAUGUUGGGUCCAGGGAGAACAGAUAUAGUGAAUGCUGGGUCCGGGGAGACCAGAUAUAGUGAAUGGGGCGGGGGGGAGACGGGGGGGGGGGGAGCAGGGUCCAGGGAGAGCGGAAUAUAGUGAAUGCGGGGUCCGGGGAGAGCGGAUAUAGUGAAUGCGGGGUCCGGGGAGAGCGAUAUAGUGAAUGCGGGGUCCGGGGAGAACGGAUAUAGUGAAUGCGGGGUCCGCGGAGAGCGGAUA